UUGCCAGAUUUAACUUUUGAAACAGGGUUUAACCCUCAUAAUGGGGUUCUUCCUAUGUUUUUGAGUAAGGGCAACGGGGUGAACGCAGUCAAUUGUGGAGUGACACAAAUAUACGAAAGCUUGGAAAGCAAUUAAUGAUUAUUUCAAUUGCAAAAUGCAGUUUUCAUUCAUAAUUUGAAAACAAAUUUGUCAUGAAUAUUCUAUAAACCCGGAAGUGGGGCGGUGCUGCUGUUUUGCAGUGUCGAGUCACCUCUGUCAGGAUGGAGGAAAACGAACUGCUACAAUGCUGAAUAAUAACGAAGGAUCCCGUCAACGGAGCAUCAUAAACCGGGACACUUAGACAAAAGUCGCCGUUUAUCUUCACUGCUGCAUCGUUUCCACUAACGCUUUGCCAAAAUGAUGGAAGAAAUCGACAGGUUCCAAGUACCUCCAGUCAACGGAGAGACACAGCCUUUGGAUCCAGCAGCAUCCUCCACCUCAGAGGCAGAUGCUGACACCAAGGGAGAGACUGUGGCUAUGAACUACAAGCCCUCACCACUGCAAGUCCAAAUAGAGAAACAGAGGGACCUUGCCAGGAAGGGAUCAGUGAAGAAUGGCACUGUGGGCAGUCCUGUCAAUCAACAACCUAAGAAGAAUGCCAGGACAAGGUUGGUGGUACCAAACAAAGGCUACUCCUCCUUGGACCAGAGCCCAGAUGAGAAGCCCCUUGUAGCACUGGACACUGACAGUGACGAUGACUUUGACAUGUCCAGAUACUCGUCAUCAGGAUACUCCUCAGCCGAGCAGAUCAACCAGGACCUGAACAUCCAACUCCUGAAGGAUGGGUACCGGCUUGAUGAGAUCCCGGAUGACGAAGACUUGGAUCUGAUCCCCCCGAAAGCAGUCAACCCCACCUGCAUGUGCUGCCAGGCUGCUCCCUCCACAGCCUGUCAAAUCCAGUAGCACCACCACCCCCCCACCCCUUCAAAAAAAAAAAAAAAAUCUCCUGUCUGCCACCUGCACUGAAGCCAACUUCCUACUAGAGUGGCAGUAAGAAGGAGUUGAAAAACUAUCGGCUGGCACAAAAGGAAAACAAGGGUUUGUAAAUGUUACAGUAAGCGAUGGAAACAGGUCAAGUCUCGAGGAAAGAGUCAAUGUACAGCAUCUUGUGCACGUUCCUCCUAUGGUAGGAUCUGUGCAUCUUACUUCUGCGUUGUUGGUUCAGCGGGGGCUCGACUGAUGGCCUAAACAUUACCUCCAAGGAAAACAUGUUACUUUUGCUUCUCCUUCGCUUGAAUUCCAUCCCAUGGUUGUGGAUAUUUUGGUUUACAAGGACCAUGAAGGAUCGUGCGACAUCGCAGAAGAACAGAACCAACAAAAUGGCAUGACAGGAACUCAACAAAAAUGGUGACAAAGUGUGAUUACUGCUGCAGUACACCAUUCAAGGAGUCUAUUGCUCUACUGCUGGUGUAACACUGAUGGUCAGAUUCAAUGGACAAGAAGCUUAGGAGAUUGGAAGUUUCUUAGUGGCCAUUGUCUUUUGUCUUCUCUCCUUUCUUUCAGCCAGUCUGCUUUGUCUUCCUGUGUAUAUACGUGUCAAACAUGAAAAUGAUGUGUGUGAGUGUGUAUGAGUGUGUGUCUGAAAUUAUGUCCAGGAUAGUAGUGCUAAACCAUCAAGCUGCUGAUAAAACACUAGCACGUACAGUCACGACACUAAGGUAGUCAAUUCCAGAUUUUUUUUUUUGUAAUAUCUGUCUGUUACACCAAGGUUGUACUGCUUAUUGUUUAAUAUUCGGUUAAGAGAAACUGAAAACAAAUUGUUUUGCAUGUUGCCUGUUAACACUGUGUUCUAAUGAUCAGCCUGUGCAGAAAAUUUUUCCAGUUUUUAUUGACCCCUAAACACAUCCUUGUGCUGAUGAGACAUUAUGUGAGGUGUGCUUUAAAAAAAAAACAUAAAAUUAGCAAUAUUUAGGUUCACCUACUGUAAUGUCAGAAGAUGUAGAGAAACAAUUAUUUAGAAAUAGUGGCAGAACAGCUCAUGGGGUAGUGUGUACCUCCUUUGUGUUUGUCCACAUAAGCCCCAGACAUGAGUGGAUCACAAAGGACGUCACUACCAGUGAAUGUGGUUACAGAAUAGUGAAUGAAUAUAAUAUAAAUGGUCGUACCUGGUAUGGAUUCUGAAGAAUGUCAUUAAAGUGAUUCCAUAUUGCCUGGAUGGGAAUGAAAUAGGAUUUUUUUCAUAUCAAGGGAAGUAAAACAUGUUUUCAUUUAAGUUUUUUUAUUAAGUGUAUUUGUUUUGUAUGGUUAUAUAUUUACGCAUACCUAAUUUGGGGCCUGUAUAUGUAGCACCUGACACAGCUGUGUAUUGUCGAGGCUUUAUACUAAUGGAUGUUUUCCAUGAUGUUGACAAGGAAGUAGUUCUUGCUGUUUUAGAAGUACUGAAUUCAUAAGAUUUAUUGGUCAUGUUUACAUCACUCUAAAGACAUCUGUGGAGCUUCACAGACAUCAAUUAUUUUCACACUCAUGCGUGAUGUAUCUGCUCUGACACAAAUGACAGUAGAAGAUCAGUGGUGGGUUUCCCAGAAACACUUAAACAAUUAGAGUUUUUUGAGAGCGAUGAGAGCACAUUUUGACACUUGGAAAAACAAAUUUCUCUUGAUUUAGCUCGUAUGUGUGCACUUUACACUGUGGUGUAAGUUAUUCUCUGUGUAACAUUCAGAUCAUUCUGUUGACUCAAGUACAAAGGGAUUUGUAAUUAGGAUGUGAAGAUAUUUUUGAAAUACAGUGUGCAUAUAUAAUGUAGAAUGUUAUUUUGACGAUCUUUGUAGAUAUAUUGCAGUGUUUUGGGAAACCUUGCAUUCAUUCUUCAACUGUUAUUCUGCUGAUUUUAUUAGUACAUUUACAACGUUUACAUUUUUAUGGAAAUCUAUACAGAAACAACAUGUUUUUGUGAUUCACUGAAUAGGAACAGUGUGUAAUCUAUGACUCCAAAAGGACCCCAUUUCUUAGAGGUUUUUUAUUAUUUGGAAAGGUGCCAGAUCAGCAAGCAUAUGUGCAGUCAAGAGGAGAAGACAUGUUUUUGCUCUCAUUAAAUGAACGAAUUAAUGGUACUGUGUGUAGAGAGUAAACCAAACUAAAAACCUAUUGGGAAAGAGAAAACACAAUGUUAAUUAUAAAUGUCAAACCGUUGUUAGCUAAGUAAACCAUCCAUACAAAUCUGUGAAUCUGUAAGAAAAAAAGCUCCUUUUUCUCAUCACUAAUAUCCAUGAUACAGCCUGAAUGUUUCUAUAGCAUUUGAGUUACAAAAGCACACAAACAUAAAAAAAUCUGCAUUUCUUUUGCAAAUGAGGUGCCAUGUGUGUAGAUGAUAAAAUUAUUUGCAUUAUGUUGAAAAAAGACAUGAGUAGGAGUACAGACGUUUGUGUAAGAUAAAGUGGUCAGGACAGCUGUUUGCUGGGGAGAGAGUUGGACCAGUAGCUGUGUACAGCUAACAUUUACAUUUAGGGACUGACUGUGUGACUGACUAUGGUGCUGGAUUUUUUUUCUCUACCAUAUGCAUCAUUCUAAUAGAUUCACACAGUCAUCUUCUAUUGAGUGUACUACAUCUGGCCAAUGUCGUUUAGCUUCACUAACCUCUUGAGUUAAAAGUCCAAAAGUAAUGCAUUGUAACAAAAGAUAUUUAUUUGCAGUUGUGUGUUUUAACUUAUUUUUCAAGUAUGGGAAAUAAUUCAUAUACAGACAGAUGGUUUUUGUUGGUCAGAUGCUUAUUAUGAUGAUUGUGAAUCGGUCCCAUUUAGAUUUUAACAGUGUUAAAAGUUCUGUGUAUA